AUGAGAUUUUGGUUUUGUAAAAAGAAAAACAGCUCCGAAUACAUCGAUAAUAAAAAAAAGAACAAUGACGAAAUAUACAAAGCUAUUUUGAAAAACAGAGAAGCAAUAGAUGCUCUCGAAAAAAAGCAGGUGCAAGUGGAGAAGAAAAUUAAGCAACUGGAAAUUGAAGCAAAGCAAAAAGUAGAACAAAACCAAAUGAACAAUGCAAAAAUUUUGCUAAAGAGAAAAAAAUUAUAUGAACAGGAAAUAGAAAACAUUUUAAAUAAUCGAUUAACCCUGGAAGACAACAUGAUAAACUUAGAGAAUAUGCAUUUACAUAAAAUUGCAGUUAAUGCAUUGUCUUAUGCAGCUAAUACUCAUAAAAAACUGAACAACGAAAUAAAUACGCAAAAGGUAGAAAAGAUAAUAGACACAAUUCAAGAAAAUAAGGAUAUCCAGGAGGAGAUAAAUCAAGCCUUGAGUUUUAAUCUCUUAAACAAUGUCGACGAUGACGAAAUUGAUAAGGAGCUUAAUUUACUCAAGGAACAGACCAUGGAGGAAAAACUUACUGCCAAAGUUAACAAAAUACCAGAACUCCCACAAGAUACUAAAACUGUACAUGUGAAAUCUACCGAAAAAACAUUCUCUAAGAUCACUGAAGAGUCCGAUGACGAAGAAUUGAAGGAACUAAUUGGAGAAAUGACAUGA